UAUAAAUCCUCACUUCUCCAAAUUCGUUGACAAAGCCAAACUCUUUACUCUCUCUUUCUCUCUCUCUCUCUUUCAACUCUAAUCUCUCUCUCUCUCUCUCAAUGGAAGCUCUUGGCUUUAUGAAGUUCUGGUUAACCAACAACAACACAACCAUCAAACCCCGCCGCGAAACCAGAAUCUCAGAAUCCGCCGUCGAUUCCAGUUCCACCACCGCAUCAGAAAGUCACGAACUUGACCUCUGUGGCGAAGGAGACGACUCCUUCUUCGAGCUCGAGAUCUCUCUCUCUGAUUUCAAAACAGAGAAAGAACAAAAACAGAGACUCGAAACCACCACGACGUUCUCUGUUUCUAACAAAAGCAAAAUCCUCCCUUUCGUCGAGAUCACCACAAAACCACAACAAUCUCCGAUCACUAACCUUAAAUCCGGCCAAAAGUUUCGAGCUUUCUCCUUCAAGAAGUCAAAAUCAGUCGACUCUGAGAAGUCAACAACGACGACGGAGAAGAUUAAAGAAGAAAACAACAGAAGCAUCAACGUCAGGUUCAGAACCGACGACGAAACGACGACAAGUUUCAGAAAAACGACGAGCAUUGCGAGAUUACAACAAACAGACGACACGGUGUUCGACUGCUCUGUUUCCCCUGUUUCUUCCUCCUCCUCGUCGUCUUCUUCUUCUUCGAAGAGAUUCUUCAGUCUCAUAAAGCCUUUAUACACUAAAACAGCUAAGAAACAGAGCAGUGGUAGCGGAGUGUCUUCUUCGAUUUCAUCUCCGACGUCUUCACCGGCGACGAGGGAGAAACAGAGGAGGAAUCUUCCGGCAGGGAUAAGAAACGUGAAGAGACAACUUGGGAAGAGCCGGUCAGCGUCUGCGGCAGUCGGAGUGAUGUCUCCGGUGAACAGAGUCAUCGAUGAGUCUUUCCAAGUUCAACAAGAUGGGAUUCAAAGUGCGAUUCUUCAUUGCAAGAAAUCAUUUCAUGGCUCUAGAGAAUCUUCUUUGUUAUCACGAUCUACUAGUGAAUCUUCUUCACAAGAGAAGCUUAGUACUUCAUCGUCUGAAGAUUCGUAUUUGUUUUCAAGAAUUGCAAGUGAUUCAAUGUCGGAAAAAUCAAUGGAUAGCUUGAGUUCGAUUAAGGAACAGAGGGAGAAGAUUUGCGAUUAGGGUUUAAUUUUUUUUUGUUAAAUAUACUUAUGAAGUUAGAUUAGAUCGCAGGAGUUUGGUGUUAUUUUGUAAAAAUAGUUUAAAAAAAAUGAAGAUGAUGAUGACAAAAACAGAUAAAUCUUGUAGCAGUGUCUCAGAUUAGUGAAGCCUUUUGUAUAGUGAUGUAUCAUUAUGUGAA